AUGGAAGGGCCGAGGAGGAUGGCAUGGGCCGAGUCUCGACGGGGAGGUUCCGAGAAGUUCUCCGUCGGGAUGAUGAUCAUCUGCUACCUUGCGACAUUCAGUGGUGGAUUCAACUUUGCCAACAUCAGUGGUUUCAAGCCCUUGAAAUUUCGGCGUUUGUCUUGGAAGAAUCUUUGGUCCCUCGUCCUCGUUGGAGCCAUCUUAUUCAAUCGAUACCGGAACUUCUUAAUUACCAGUCAGGCUCUGUGUGACUUGUUCAACGAAGCCUUGGAUAUGGAUCGCUGGAUGGGAAUAGAUGCCAGGAGAAGAUGGUUGUGGGUGGUGGGCAGUCUGGUAUAUAGCUGUGUGUGGGCGGCUGUGUCGGUGCUCGGGAAUGUGAUGACUCCAUGGUCUCCCUGGAUGGCUUUUGACAUAUUUGUGACUUUGGUUGCUGGGUUAAAUGCCGUGACGCAGUCUUUGCUGUAUACUUGGAUUUGCUCUCAGAUAGUCCGGUUUCAGCAAUACUGGAUUCGACAGCUUCGAGAGGGACGUAUGAACGGAAAGGAAUGGUUGGAGGGACGAAAGAGGCUGGAAUCUCUGGCAAAAAAAUUGAAUGGAGUCUAUGGACCUUUGGUGAUGAUUCACCUCGCCCGCAACGCGGUUCUUGCGACCUUGCUCGCGUUUCUCAUCGUCCGGUCGGCCGCUGCUUUCGGUUGGGGAUCCACCACCGUUGUCACUUUCUGCGUAUCUUUCACCUGCUUUUCCAUUCCGGUGCUCAUCUUUUUCCUUGCAGCAGAACCAGUCGGCAUCCAGCUCUUGAUGGACGCAGACGGCUGCUACAAGCUUCGGCGGAUCCACCUCACUGUCUCUGGGUUCUUCCACUUGGGACAUGGCCCCCUGGCAGAGUUGGCCGACAUGAUUCUUACCUACAUCAUCGUCCUAUUCCAAUUUAACCAAAUGGACCAGAAGGCAAGAAUGUGAUGAUGCUGGCACGAGGAUUGCAGUCAGGAAUAUGCAGGACCGUUCUACGUCAUGGGCCUACAGUGAAAAUGACCAAGACAACAGUUGCUGUGUUGGUUGAUGUUCGCCAUGCAUUAUUUUUCGGUUGGAUGCUUAGA